AUGGCGGCAACGUCUUCCUUUUUCCAAGACUCACACCAUAUGAACUUCUCUGGCGGCAAUUCAUUUACAAACGCAAGAACUGUUGUUAACCACAAUUAUCCAGCGCUCCUACAGCCUGAAUAUGGAGGAUCAAGUGAUAAGGAGUGUUCUACAACCAGGGACAAGGAGAACUUGUUUAAUUUGGCUGAAGAACACGGGUUCCGAUUGAUAAGGAUGGGGGAUAUUAUUGUGGAAAAAGAAGUUUCAUCAGAUGUUCUCAACAUUUCAGUCAAAUGUCCUGCUGGUCGUGUCUUGAAGAAAACAAACCCAUUCUGA